CGCACACCACAAGACACCACAGUAGUAUACAAACAUGUAUUAAGGAGGUAAAAAGACAACACUUCCUGUGUGCCUUUAGUGAAGCCAGGAAUGGCCAAGCCCGGAGGCACGGCUCAGCCGCCGUCCAAGGCAGGCAAGCCUGUGGCAAAGACGGGGAACAAGCGGAAGGGGGGAGCUGGGGCAGCGGCGGCGGCGCCGCCCCCGAAACGCGCCCGCGCGGAGGAUGCGAAGAGCAAGGGCGAUGACAAGAAGCUUAGCACGAAGGAGAAGCGGGCUACCAUCCGUGAGAAGAAGCUGCUGCACAAGAAGAACUGGAACGUGAUCCAGGACGCGGUGUACCUGUGGGAGAAGCUUCGCCCGAAGGAGACGCCCGAUGCUGAGCGCAAGGAGCUCGUAUCUAACAUCCUCAAGAAGGUGAAGGGCAAGCUGUUGGAGCUCUGCAACCACCACACCGCGAGCCGCAUCAUCCAGUUCUGCAUCAAGUUUGGCGGCGAUGCGGAGCGGCGUGUGGUGAUGGAGGAGGUGCGGGCCAACGUGGUGGAGCUGUCGCGGAGCAAGUAUGGCCACUUCCUGGUGCGCAAGCUCAUCAACACGGCCAAGAAGGACGAGAUACCGGGUCUGGUCAAGCUCUUCCGCGGUCACGUGGCGCAGCUGCUCAGGCAGCCGUACGGCGCCGACGUCAUUACGGACCUGUACGACGUGGCAAGCACGACAGACCGCAACGCACUGUGCGCUGAGUUUUACGGCAAGGAGUUUGUGUUGUUUGAUGGCAUCUCGGGCGAGGCCGGGCGGCUGCACAGCCUGAAGCAGCUGAUGGCGGGUGCUGCGCCCGCCAAGCAGCGCGCCAUCAUCCAGCACAUGACCAAGGCGCUGGUGCCCAUCAUGGAGAAGGCGCUGCUGCACCCGCCCAUCACACACAGGCUGGUGAAGGAGUACCUGGACAACGCCACCGGCCUCUCCGUGGAGGACGCGGUGGAGACGCUGUCCCAGACAGGCGAGGCGGUGCUGCGCAUGGUGCACACGCACGAGGGCGCGGCGGCCGCCUGCAUGGUGCUGGCGUACGGCACCCCGCGUGACCGCAAGCGGCUUGUCCGCGCCAUGAAGGGCCACGUGGCGGCCAUGGCUGCCGACGAGUGGGGGCACACGGUGCUGUGCAUGGCGCUGGGCUGCGUGGACGACACGUCGCUCACCGGCAAGGUGCUGGUGCCGGAGUUCAAGGAGCUGCUGUCGGAGGGUGUGCACCAGGCCACCGCGGUGCGAGUGCUGAUGCAGCUGCUGGCGCCCGGCAGCCGGCGCCACUUCCCGCCCGCCAUACACGAGAUGCUGCACCCGCCGCAGCGCACUGUGCGCGGCUCGUCCGGGAAGUCGGUCACGGAUUUGGACGGAGAGGAGGACGAGGCCCUUGACUUCGGCAAGGCCGCCGGGGACGGUGACGCGGAGGACGGCGACGACUUGUUCGUCAAGAAGGGCAAGGAGGGCGGCAAGGGCAAGGCUGCGGACAAGGCCAAGCCCAAGGCCAAGGGGAGAAAGCCGGAGGAAGCGGAUGACGACAAGGAAGCUGCGGGUGCUCCAAAGGAGGGCGCGGAGGGUGAGGAGGGUCCCGAGCGGGUGCUGGGCGCCAGCAAGAAGGACCCGCUGCUGCGGCGGCGGGAGCUGCUGGGCAGCGGCCCCAAGAGCCUGUCCGCGGCGCUGACGGCGGUGGUGACGGCGGCGGCGGGGUCGCUGCUGCGGUCGCCGCACAGCUGCGAGCUGGUGGUGGAGGUGGCACGCGGGGGGGAGCAAGGCGUGCUCUACGACCUGGACUCCGCGGGUGUCAGCGCCGUGCACUCCGCCCUGGUGGAAGACGCAGCGCGCACCGCCGAGGAGGUGGCGGCGGUCGGAGAGGAUGAGGAGGAGGCGGGGCCCGCGCCUGCAGAGCGGGAGCACGUGCUGCUGUCGUACUACUCCAGCCGGGCCCUGCGGCGGCUCAUUCUGGCGGCGGCGGACGAGCAGCCCGCCGGUGCUGCCGCCGCGUUUGUGGCGGCGCUGUGGGAGGGCGCCCUACAGGGCCGCUGCGCGCAGUGGGUGGGCACUCACGGUGAGAAAGUGCUGGCGGCGCUGCUGCAUAGCGGUGUGCCCGCGGUGGUGCAGGCGGCCAGCGAGGAGCUGAAGCCGCUGGUGAAGCAGCCGCUGGAGGAGUGGGCCAGCCGGUUCCUUAGCCAUGGGCAGGGGCAGCGACAGGAGGGGGAGGCAGGGAAGGAAGAUGCUGGGAAGGCAGCCAAGGUCCCAGCUGAUGCGGGCUCGAACAAGCGGGCUAAGGGUGUGGAGGGGAAGCGUGCGGCGGCGGCCGAGGAGCCCCGGGAGGGGCCCAAGGCGGCG